UCCGCAUUUUCCUGCUGCUCUCGGGCUGUGACGUGUCGUGCUGACGGCGGCCUCGGAGCUGGAGGAGCAGGGGGCUGUAGCAUGACAAGAACUGGCUCCAGACGUCCUGCUUUGCUUUCAGCCGAGCUCCAGAAACAACCCAUAACCCCUCCUUCUCCGCUCCUCUCCGGCCCGCCCAAAUAACACAAAAUUCCCGACUGAAUCCAGCCCGAGUCUGGGGGAACCAGGCGGCCUGGGAAGCCGAGGUGUGGACGGAGGCCAUCCCUGCAGCAUACAUCUGCGCUCCACUAACAAAUGCAUUGCGAGGACAAUGGAUGAGGAUGUCACCAGGCUAUCAAUACAUUCUGAAGAGCCUAAAAUAAUAUUACACGGAUCGGAUGAGGGUGGUGCCGGUGGGCAGGAGUUUGUUGUGGAGCUUCAAGAGACAGUGUUGGUGUCCGAAGGCGAGGGCGAAGGCAUGGCGGUUCACAGGUUCGCGCCAGACGAGCUCGUCAUCCAGGAUGCUGUCGAGGAUGUGGUAUCUGAGUAUGUGCACUGCGAUGAAGACGAGGACGUAGCAGUGGAAACCUGCGUGAUGGCUCUUGAUGGCGAUGAGGAAGGAGUUGCCAUGGGAGACAUCCCUGAAGAUGGGCUGGACCCUGAGGAGGAGGACGACGACCAAGAUGGCUGUGGGGAUUAUCUCAUGAUAUCCUUGGACGAAGCUGGCAAAAUGGUGUCCGAGGAUGGAACAGAGGUCACAGUGGAGGGAGCUGUGGAGGACCAGGAAGUGGAGAAGGAUGAGGAUGGGCAGGAAGUGAUAAAGGUGUACAUCUUCAAGGCUGAUUCUGGCGAGGAUGACAUGGGAGAAUCGGUUGACAUCAGCGACGGAGACACGGAGAGUGUGGCGUUAACAGAGUCUUCAGGCCUCCGAGAGAAGAUGGUCUACAUGUCUGUCGGGGAUUCUCAUCACAAUCAAGGAAACCACGAUGAUAGCGAGAGUUGUGAAAACAGAAACGGUGCCGCCAGUGCUCUGCUGCACAUCGAUGAGUCUGACGGGGUGGAUGAAAUCAACAGACAACGCAACAAGAGCAGGAGACGGUCGGAGCCUCGCCAGGUGCAGACAGCCAUCAUCAUCGGCCCGUACGGUCAGCCUCUCACAGUUUACCCCUGCAUGCUCUGUGGUAAAAAGUUCAAGUCACGGGGUUUCCUUAAACGCCACACCAAGAAUCACCACCAGGAGGUUCUGACGAGGAAAAAGUACCAAUGUACAGACUGUGACUUCACCACCAACAAGAAAGCCAGCCUCCACAACCACAUGGAGGUACACGCUCUGAACAGCAAGGCCCCUUUCGAGUGUGAAAUGUGCGGCAAGGAGUUCCACCAGCAGGCGGCGCUGUUCUCUCACAGAUUGCAGCACCACCACCGAGAGCCCAAGGGCCAGUCGCCCACAACGCCAAACAAGAUGCAUAAAUGCAAGUUCUGUGAAUAUGAAACGGCCGAGCAAGGGCUGCUCAACCGGCACCUGUUGGCCGUCCACAGUAAGAGCUUCCCCCACAUCUGUGUAGAAUGUGGAAAAGGCUUUCGACACCCUUCGGAGCUGAAGAAACACAUGCGCACGCACACGGGCGAGAAGCCCUACUCCUGCCUGUACUGCGACUACAAGUCGGCCGAUUCCUCCAAUCUCAAGACACACAUCAAAACUAAGCAUAGCAAAGAGAUGCCAUACAAAUGUGAGCGCUGUUUCCAGACCUUUGCCGAGGAGGAGGAGUUAAUGCAGCAUGGACUAACGCACGAGGAGAAUAAGACCCACCAUUGUGCCCACUGUGAUCACAAAAGUUCCAACUCGAGUGACCUGAAACGCCAUAUCAUAUCCGUUCACACCAAGGACUAUCCACACAAAUGUGCCAUUUGUGGUAAAGGCUUCCACCGACCGUCUGAACUGAAGAAGCACUCGGUGUCGCACCGGACCAAGAAGCUUCAUCAGUGCCGCCACUGCAACUUCAAAAUUGCAGACCCUUUUGUUCUCAGUCGCCAUAUCUUGUCCGUGCACACAAAGGAGCAACAGUCCUCUCCUGAAAAGAGUGAGUCGGGUAAGAGGACAGAGACACACACUCCUGUUGUGUCGCCUAAAAAGUCUGCAGCCAGCGCGUCCAGCGCUGCUAGCCAGGCCAGCAGAGUCAGUGCAGCCAGCUUAGCCAGCAGUGUGACUGUCGUCAUUGGCAAAGGACAGAAAGAAAGGAGAAUCUACCAGUGCCAGUACUGCGACUACAGCACCGGGGACGCUUCGGGGUUCAAGCGGCACGUGAUCUCCAUUCACACUAAAGACUAUCCGCACCGCUGCGAGAUCUGUUCGAAAGGUUUCCGACGACCUUCUGAGAAGAACCAGCAUAUCAUACGCCACCACAAAGAUGUGGUGCAGGAGUGACUCUGACCGAGCCAAAAACUGUGCCACAACAAAGAACAAUGUCGAAGCAACCAUCACACCCCAAACUCUGCACCCUCAGCACCACACAGGCCACACUCAAACAAUGUGGCGUGUGUGUGUGCUGCACUUAGUCCGUUCUGUUGUUUUGACCUUUUUUGAUCGUCAGCCUAAUGUUUGUUCAGAAAUGUAUACACAUGUACAUAACACAAUGCUCUGUCCCGAGUUAGCAACAGAACCCCUCUGUAGACUUGCACUUUUAACUGCAUGUCCCUUUGCUGGUGACGGUGUGCAUGGCAGAUUGUGCAGAUGUCUCUUUGUAGAUAUACAUUUUAUUUUUAUUUUGCAGGCAGCAAUCAGUUGUCAAUCACAAUGGGCCUAAUUAUGUCUCAAGACUGUUCGAUUUGCAAAACGUUUGCAUCAUUUUGUCAUAAUUUACUCAACAAAGCAGUAUGGAUUAGCAACAUUCUCCCAGUAGCACUUCCUGGUGAACAUCAUGAUUAAUGCUGUAAUCAAGUUAUGUGUGAUAUGAAUCGUGUGUGUAUGAGCAGGCCUGUCACGAUAACUACUUUUAUUGGACAAUAUAUAAUCGUGGAAAUGAUUUUAAUCAACAAUAUUGUAAUUUUAAAAACUAUUUUAUGCAACUUUAAAAUAUAAUAUAUUGUAAUUCCCAUAUAGAAAGUUUAGACUUUGAAAUUUCAUUGUGAAAAAAUAUUAAAAUAUCUUAAAUUGGAUAAACCACAGAACCAAAACAAUAACAAAAGUCAACUCAAGCUCUGAUAGCAAAAUGAACCUUGCUCAAAUCUUAAAAUGGUAAGGAAAAACUCGCCAUUCAUUCUGGAUAUAAUGUUGGCGAUAUUCUUAUGUUAAAAAAAACAUGUUUAUUGUUUAUUGUAGCAAAAAUGGACAUUCAAGAUUUUUAUCAUAACAUAUACACAACUACGGUGUCAUUAUGUAAUGUAUGACAAACUUAGAUCGCAGGUUCCUCAACAGUGCAAUUACAAGACAUUAACAUUUUUUUUUUUUUUAAACAAUAGAAACAGUGCAAGCUCAGGUGUUUA